AUGGCCGGUGUUGUGGUUCUGGAGGCCAUCGUCGUCGUGCCUGACGACUUCGUUCAGGUUUGCAUGGUAACCACUGGCUCUGGAACUCCGUUCGUCUCCGUGCUGGACCUGAGGCCUCUCAAGAACUCGCUCUACCCGCAAGUGAACGCGACGCAGGGCUUGGUUCUUCUUAGCAGGAUCAACUUCAGCCCUGAUACGGACGGUGUCAGGUAG